AUGCCAAAACCUAAGGAAAUGUCCCAGAGAAAUGGCACCCUAGUCACGGAAUUUAUUCUGAUGGGGCUAACGGAUCGCCCAGAGCUACAGCCUGUACUCUUUGUGCUCUUUCUAUUUAUCUACCUUAUCACAAUGAUAGGAAACCUUGGGUUGCUUAUGCUGAUCUGGAUAGAUUCCCGGCUUCACACCCCCAUGUACUUUUUUCUCUCAAGUUUGUCCUUUCUGGAUCUUUGUUAUUCCACAAAUGUCACUCCCAAAAUGCUGACAGAUUUCUACUCAAAGAAGAAAACCAUUUCCUUGACUUCCUGUUUAGUGCAGUGUUAUUUCUUUAUUGCCCUGGUGAUUACAGAAUACUACAUGCUGGCUGUUAUGGCCUAUGACCGGUACGUGGCCAUCUGUAGACCCUUGCUUUAUCACAGCAGAAUGACGAGGGCUGUAUGUCUCCGCUUAGUGGUUGCUCCAUAUAUAUAUGGAUUUCUUAGCGGGCUGAUGGAAACCAUGUGGACAUAUCGCUUGACGUUCUGUGACUCCAACACAAUCAACCAUUUCUCCUGUGCUGAUCCACCUCUCAUAAGACUGGCUUGCUCCGAUACUUUCAUCAAGGAAAUGUCAAUGUUUAUAGUGGCUGGCUUUAACCUCUCCAACUCACUCCUUAUCAUCCUUGUUUCAUACGUCUUCAUUCUGAUAGCCGUUCUGACGAUGCGCUCUGCUGAAGGAAGGAGGAAAGCCUUCUCCACCUGUGGAUCACAUUUGAUAGUAGUGACUAUAUUCUACGGAACUCUUUUCUGUAUGUAUGUAAGACCCCCAACUGAUACGUCUGUAGAGCAAUCAAAAAUAAUAGCAGUUUUCUAUACCUUUGUGAGUCCAAUGCUAAAUCCCCUUAUCUAUAGCCUGAGGAACAAGAAUGUGAAGGAAGCUUUUUGGAAAAUCGUCAGAAGAAACACACUUUCCAAAUAA